GGUACUUCCAAAACAUGAAAUAGUUCUCAUAAACAAAACCAAUUACUUUCUAAUCCGGCUGUUAUUAGAGUGCAUUUGAGGUGAAAAAUGUCCUUAUUUAAAGUAUCUAACUGGUGGAAAACACAAUGUCCCGAUCUGGAACCAAACUACGAUUCAUUUUCCUUGCACUGCGCGCGGUUGUGCAUCCAGGAAGGCGAAAAGGACAGUAUUCUAGUCGGCUCACAUUCAGGAUACUUUUCUAUAUACCAACCAUCCUACCGAGCCUCGAACGAGGGGGAACUGGAUGACGACGAACAGUUUGAGAAUGUUUUUCAACAUUCGGAUGUAGUGUUGGAAACUCGAUUACCCCUGCCAGUCAUCGGAAUAACGGACGGAAAGUUUACUACGGUCGCGAAAACCGAAGGUCGACAGCAUAUAGCGAUUUUGCAUCCGCUAAAGGUUUGCAUAUACAAUACACUAACGAUCGGUGGAAUUGCUGAUCACGGCGACCACACGAAGCUCCAGCUUCUAUACGAGCAUAAUUUGACCAAAUCGGCAUUUUCUUUCUGCCGGGGAAACUUCGGUGGUGUAAAAGGACGUGACUUUCUAUGCGUUCAGCAUCUUGACGGUUCGCUUAGGUUCUUCGAACAGGACGGAAUAAGCUACGAGUGCAGCUUUCCAGGCGAAAGGAACAUCCCGUCGCCCAUACACUAUGCCGCACGGAUCGAUUGUUUCGUCACGGUUUCCCCGAGCUGGGAGCUGGAGUGCUACCGUUACCAGGACCUAUCCGAAACGAACGAAUCUCUGCGAAGGCACGAACCCAUUUGGUCGUUAUGUAUCGGCGAGUACGCAAUGGAUUUUAAUGUACAUCAAAUAUCCAAUGUGGAAUCCGUGAUAGUAGUCAUGGGAGAGAAUAACCUCAUUUGCGUAACCGAUACAGGUAAAGUUCGCUUCAUAAAAAAACUCGAUUACUCUCCCGUUUGCCUUUACUCUUUCGUGAUCGGAUGGUAUUGGGAACCGGAUGCCCGUCUUAUGAUAGCGCUAGUGUCCGAGAGUGGAUCGUUGCUGCUUUACGAGGAGAGUCAAAUUGUGUGGUCUGCUGAGCUUCCCGAAAUACCUGUUGCAUUAGGACGGGCCAAUGUGUCAAGUUUACCCGGAGCUCUAGUGACACUUGGUAACACCGGUUCCCUGGAUGUAGGAUAUCUUGGCUCAGAGCCGCAUCUUUUCAAAGUUCCUCCUAUAAAGCUGGCUCCUUUUGAAGUACAAAAAUGCCAAACAGAAUUAAUGGAAUUGGAAAAUGAAAUACGGUCCGGGGUGGAUUUCAGUGAUACCGAUGUGAUUAAUGCGGCAGCUGAACGCGAAGUAACUUUAAAUAUUCUGCUGGAUUCAAAGCUUGAAAAAUGUAUUUACCCAACACAAAUUGUGCUCGAACAAUCGGCAAUCUGCAUGUGUCAACUGGAGGUUACAGCCAAACCACAUAUUAAUUUAGAGUUGCUGCAAAUAUGUGUCAUCGUAGAUCCUGCCCUUAAAUGUCAUAAAGAAACGUUCAUGUUUCGUGACGUACAGCCUGACAGUCUCCUCAAGUUGAGUACAGCGAUCCACCCGUACGAACCUGUGAUGCCUGCCACUUUGAAGGUGCAAAUUUCAUGCUCCUAUACGAAUAAGCAAAGCAUUAGCCGUAUUAUACAGCGUUCAACUAUACUGCCGCUAGAACUGUUUGUGAAAACUGUACCAGCUUCGAAAGAAGCGCUCCACAAAGUAACAUUGAGCCUGCAUAACACCAGCGAUGGCCUGAGUACUCUUUUUCCCGAGUUUAUCAGCACAGGAAGUACGCACGCGUUGGGAUUACAGUCGCUGGUUACCGGAAGUAAGGUUACAGUUGUGGCCGCUAAAAACACCAGUCGUUUCAGGGUACAAUCCGAAGACCUUCUCGCAAUACCCCUGAUCGUUACGAGUAUAGCGGAAAGGAUAAAUACUACCAACAAGGACUUCAGCAAACGGAUGCUAUCAGUAUCAUCAAAUCCUCCGAUUGAAGAAAUUUUGGAAGCAGUUGAAAAGCAUCAUCAGCUAAGACGAACUUUGCAGAAAUUAUCGCAUGAAUUGGAAAUUUGCACGGAUCAGAUGCGUCUUUUCGAGCGACGAUUUGUCGUUAAACUCCAGGAACGUGCUCUCCGCGCUCUCGAUGGGAUCCUGAUGCUACUGAAACAAAAUCAUUCCGAAAUAGCUAACAUUUGUAAUGCAACUAAGACCAUCGAGCACGAAAUUAAAAUAUCUCAAAUUCAACUAUCUGGACUGCUCAAACUACUGGAAGUUAGCUUCAUCUACUCGGAAAUGCCACCCAAGUAUUAUGAUCUUAUUAGCAAUGUUCUGUCUGCGCCGGUGUUUGACAGUUCCCAUCUAGGGUGGGAGCAAAUGAUGCAACCGGUAAUGAAAUUCCUUGCUCAAACCGGUCCAUUCCGGGCGAUCGAAGGAAUUUCGUCGUUCGAUGAAAAGUUUAUUUUCGGAAACGAUGAAACCUUUAGCAUUGAGCAGUUUAGGAAGCAGUUUUUCGAACUGCUGUUGCGGAUUAGCAAAAAACGCUCCCAAAACGGACGCGUCAGCGCAGAUUUUAAUGAAGAUCUGGAGGACUUGGCGAAAGAAAACGGAGAGAGCUAUAUUAGCGAGUGGGUGAGUUGCAGUAAAACUGGUGAGCUACCGUUCUAAUGAGAUUUCGGAUACGCCAUUACCAAACUGGUCGAUUGUUCUGAUACUAUCUCACUUUAUUCGGAAGGUUAUGUUAGAGUUGCGUAUAUGCUAUAUAUUACAAAAUGUUAAUUCUGCUUCUUCAUAUUAACAGCAUAAAUAAACAGUCGUAUUUCUAC